GCCAUCGUCAAAAACAUGGCGGACGAAGAAAACACAAACAUGGAGAAGAAUCAACGUUUCUCUGAGCCGGUGAAGCCGCCGGUUGGCACGACGGAGUACUGCGGGCAGCUGCAGCGCUGGAUGUGGCAGCACUACGCGGGCUACGCCGGCUACCAGAGCUGGCUGGCGGCGGCAGCCUGGUCCUGUCCGUGUUACGUACCGACACACAGCAGCGGGACGGCCACGCCGGACGUCAACACGCAGCCCUGGUACACCGGGCCCGUCGCUCUCCCGGUGUCUCCGUAUCCUCCUCCCGUCUCCUCCCGGGCCGCUGGACCAGUGGUGCAGCAGGACGGACCCGCACAGAGACCAGGCCGAGAGUACAGCAUUCCUUCACCUCUCCAAAGACUCCUGGCUGAGGUGGUGGAUUUCUUUAUACUGUUUUUCAUCAAAGCAACCAUAAUCAUCAGUAUUAUGCAUCUGAGUGGAAUCAAGGAUGUUUCCAAGUUCGCCAUGCAUUUCAUAGUGGAGGAAAUAGAUGAGGACACGUCAAUGGAGGAGCUACAGAAAAUGAUGCUUGUUGCGCUUGUGUACCGGAUAUUAGUGUGUUUUUAUGAGAUCGUGUGCAUUUGGGGAGCAGGAGGAGCCACUCCAGGGAAGUUUCUCGUUGGACUCAGAGUUGUUACAUGUGACUCAUCAGUUCUGGUUCAACCUAACAGAGUGCUUGUUGUACCAGCAACUAAUGUCUCUCUGUCUGCAUCAACCGUCCGGGCCUUGAACAAGAACUUUUCAAUUGCCUUCUUUUUCCCGGCCUUCGUCACCCUUCUGUUCUUCCAGCACAACAGGACUGUGUAUGAUAUGGUAGCUGGUACAAUUGUUGUCAAGCGCUCCAGGAUCAGAUGACGCAGAAGAACCCAGAUGAGAGUACUACUACAGAAAUACUGAGCAAACACUGAGUGUGUGUGUGUGUUUCUUUUUUAAUGCCUGCAGAACUCAGACGUCAGCCUUUCGAGGUAUUGUCAGAACACGGAGGAGUGUUAAGAUGGUUGCAGACAGUUUGAUACACAUCAGUAUGAACUAUUUCAGGCCCCUGCAACUUUGGUUGGGUUUGUUUCGGACACAUACUGUUUUUCUGCAUGUAUUAUUACAUGCUGCUUUCAGAAACUUUCUGUGCCAAAUGGAUGCCUCCUUUGAAGACAGUAAUGAUGACGGUGUAUGGCACCAUUACAUUAACACAACAUUGGCCUCUUUUUAAAUACUAAACUUCCACAUUAAGGAUACUUUCCUGUAUCACUCAGUAUUAAAAUUGAGGAUAAUGUAUUUAUGAGAUAAUACCUUCAGUAUCUCUUUGUAUUAAAAUGUUGUGUUAAGAAUUGUAUAAUCAGACUUUUCAAUUUUAAGUUGUUGACUGUCAUCACUGCAGAAAUGAUGCCUCAUGAUAAUCUUUUUCAGAUGCUGAAAUGCAAAUGUAUCAGAGGGUAAUGUAAACCUGAUCACAACGGAUCUUCCUUUUACUCGGAAAGCAUGUGUAUGACUUAAAAGUUAAUAUAUUAUACACAUUUUGUGAUUAACUUUUUUUUGUAUUUAAGAAGAUUAAAUGAAACCACCACUAUUUCGCUG